AUGUUAUAUUUUUUAUGUCAUUUUUCAGACGUAGAUGAAUGUGCAAACAAAGAAAUGCAUGGGUGCGACGGCAAUGCUAUGUGUGUCAAUGAAAAACCUGGCUAUAAAUGCAAUUGUCAUAUUGGAAGUAAGCUGGACAACACUGGACGCUCUUGCAGAAGUAAGUUAACACUGUUUAACAUUUAAAAAUCCAGUUCUCUACCUACAUUCACCUCAAGCUCCCCUAGUAUAUAAUUUCCUUUAUCAGUAGACAUAUCUUUAAGAAUUUAGGCUAUCUUUAUUAGAGUAUGAAAUUUUUGACAAAAAAUAAGUAUAAUAUUUAUUUUUUAAUAAAAAGUGUUUGAUGUAAGACUUCAAUUGGUUUGGAGGUAUUCUCAACCUGACAGAAAUUUAGCUGCCUUGCUCCUGUUUACUUAAUUUAUUAAGUCCCAUUGGUGUAGUAUUUUAUCUUUUUGCUAAAUGACCAAGUAGGGCUUUUCAGUGACCUUGUAGGGCUUUUCAAUGACCUAGUAGGGCUUUUCAAUUUGACCUUGUAGGGCUAAAUGUGACCUGGCAGGGCUUCUCAAUGACCUAGUAGGGCUUUUCAAUGACUUUGUAGGGCUUCAACGUGACCUAGUAGGACUUCUCAAUAUCUUGCUGUUUUCUUGACUGCUGAAGUAAAGGAGAUUGAAUAUUCUGUUUCAUUUGUUAGCCUGUCCCAAUGAUUCAUGGGGCAUAGACUGUAACAUGAGUUGUGCUUGUUCUACUGCUGCGGCCUCACGGUGCGACCCUGUCAGUGGAUGUGUCUGUAACCCAGGAUAUACUGGUAAGAUGUGUGUGUGUAACUGUACGCAAAGUAUGAGACAUCUGAGCACGUAUGAGAUCGCAUACAAACUUAAAUGUGUGUUCGAAGCAUAAGACAAUGCAAAACUGAUGUUCAUGUACAAGUAUAAGGCAGUAUGCAGUGUUAAAUAUGAAUAUGUUUUAUUUAUGUUUUUUUAUGUUAAGUAUUGUAUGUGCCACUCUACAAUAAAACCAGACCCAUCUAUCUCAUUUAUCAGGGACUCAUUGUGAGGCAAAUAUAAAUCAGUGUUUAAACAAGACUUGUGGAGCCCAUGCUGAAUGCAUAGACCAACCUGGCAUUGAUGCCUGUCAGUGUAUGCCUGGCUACAGAAACAUAAACACAUCAUCAGAAAGUAGUCUGCAAUGUCAAGGUGAGAUUCUCUUAAUAAACCCAUCAAAUGUAGUUUUGUGAAUGCAGAGCAUUUUACAUCUGAAAGAGUUAUUGACUUUUGUACCAAUGAGUAUUAUUAAUGAUGGAUUAGGCUAUGGUACAGUUGUCUUGUUUAUGCCUAUGGUACAGUUGUCUUGUUUAGGCCUAUGCUACAGUUGUCUUGUUUAGGCCUAUGCUACAGUUGUCUUGUUUAGGCCUAUGCUACAGUUGUCUUGUUUAGGCCUAUGGUACAGUUGUCUUCCUUAGGCCUAUGCUACAGUUGUCUUCUUCAGGCCUAUGCAACAGUUGACUAUUUUUAGGCCUGUGCUACAUUUGUCUUCCUUAGGCCUAUGCUACAGUUGUCUUCUUUUAAUUUAUUCAAUUAUCAUUUUUUACUAUUUAACUUAAAUUCUUUCAUGUUCUGACAUGGAGCAAUAAUCAGAGCUUCCUUUAUGUCUAAAUUAACACUAUAAAUAAUUAUAAUUAAAGUCAUUCUGUCAUUAAUAAAAAAAUCCGCAGUAAUUUCUUCUGACCCUUAAUUAGGUAGUAAACCCUAUUUGUCACGAAUGUGUGCUGAAUACAUAACAACUUAUAAGAUGCAGUCUUUUGAAUGGCUGUCUUCCAAAAUUUUUCAUCAAGAAACUUUUUAUUAACUUAGUUUAGAAAUUGACAGAAAGCUUUUUUUUUUCAAUUUUUUUUUUUUUAGUUUAACUGGAGCAUGAUAACACUUUAAAUAUAAGACAUGUUUUUACUCGCAGAUAUUGAUGAAUGCGCAGAGACUUCAUUGAAUGACUGUGACCAAAAGUGCAAUAAUGUUGAUGGUGGCUACAAUUGCACGUGCUAUGCAGGAUAUCACUAUGACUCAACAUUGAGAAAAUGCGUCGGUAAGAAUGAAAAGUAUAUUGAAAUAGAGCGUUUGCUCUCUAAGAACUAGUCUGAAAUGUUAUAAAGAUUCAGUGGGAAAAGUAACCCCAUAAAGAAAAUACAUGUCUAAAACUAUGGGAAAGAUGUAAUAAUUUUCUGUUCCAAAGUCCAGCAAGAAUAGUAUGCAUUAAUUAUUUUAACCUUUGAUGAAUUAUGGAAAUGUUAACAUACAGAUUGUAUAAUAUACUAGUAUAGAGUGCACUUUUUUACCAUAAUGUAAGUCUUUAUUUUAAGGGCAUACAGAAUGUUGAUAAGAUUCAAUUAAGAUUAAAUAAAAAUGCUGGUAAAUGUGAACUGUCAGUAGUGGUUAGGGCUUAUAAUUGUAAGUGGCCUGACUCUGAACAAUAUUUUAAUUUAAUCAAUGUCAGAGACAUAGGAAAAAAAUUAUUCAAGCAUGAUAAAUACAGAACAGGAUUUUUUUAAAAUUUGAAUAUAUGUGGUAAGUUAGGGUUCCAAUGACUUAACUAAAUUGUAUUUUUAUUCCCUCCCCUUGUAUCUUUCAUGUCCUCCCCUUGUAGUUUUUAUGUCUUUCCCUGUUUUUUUUCAUUGCCUCCCUUUAUUUUUUUCAUGUCCUCCCCUUGUAGUUUUCAUGCCCUCCCCUUGUAGUUUUCUAUUCCUAUGUGAUUCCAUGUUAUUAUUUUUUUCAAAACUGAUUUCACAGAGGUUUACUCUUAAUAUAGAAUAUCCAUGAAGAUUAAUUUUCCAUUUUAAAUCCAAUUAUUAGUAUGUCAAUGAUUCAAACAAAUGGUUUCAAUUUUUUAUUUAGCGGGGGCUGUCCAAGUGUUAGCGACUUAACUUAACAGUAAAAUUUUUACAACUUUUUCCCCAGAUAUCAAUGAAUGUGAAUUCAAAACUUCCAAAUGUUCACAUAUUUGUAACAACAAAGAGGGGAAUUAUAGCUGUGACUGUCCGCCUGGUUUCAGACUUGAUCAAGAUGGCCAUACUUGUAAAGGUAAAGUUUUUCAGAACUUUUUAGUUUUCGACCGGAAUUUAUCAAAUUUAUACUGAUAAUCAAUCCUACAUGAUGACAUUUUUUUUCUAAAAAAAAACAUAAUUAAAUUAAAAUUAAAAAGUCAAAUAUGAAAUGUGCAAAAGCAUAUCUGGCAACUCAUAGAAAAAUGUCCAGAAACCUGGCUCUCCUAAAAGUUCUUAGUGACUUGGCUCUUGCAAAUGAUAAUCAGACUAAGUGAUUCUGACUUCGCAACAAUUUAACCACAACUGCAAUUUUAUUUAAGAUUCAGCCUUUAAAGAGAGCUCAUUUACUAAUCGUGUUUGUUAAAAUCCUUGUGUAUGACACAUGAACACAUUUUCAACAUAGCUGUUAUGAAAAUACUGUAUUUGUUGUUAGGGAAAAGCUUUUUAACAUUUUCUUAUACUGUUAUACAGUUUUUACUUAGAAAAAAAUUUAAUUUGAUCUUAAAUUCUUUCCAACUGAAGUAUAUUGUGCGAACAUGUUCAAAAGUCAGAAAUAAGAGUAAUAAGAUAAGAUAAGAUUCUUUUAUUGAUCCAAAUAAAUGGAAAUUUUUUUUGAUUGCAUUAUACAUUUUCAGCACAUAAAUAAAACAAUUUGAACACAAGAUAUUUAUAAUAAAUUAUUUCAAACAGCCAUUCAGUGAGUUCUCUUAGCCGAAUCGGGGACUUAUUAGUUCUCAUUAAGAUGUGUGACUUCAGAGGGAGCACGCUGGUAAAUUUGUACAGAUUGGGGAACAAAAGAAUUUUUAUAUCUUUCAGUCCUCGCCCUGAUGGAAAGAAUUCGCCCCGAACGGCCUGAUCCUAAGUAUUUGUGAUGAAGAGGUUGGGAUGCAUCAUCCAAAAUGUGUUUAGUUUUACAAAUUACUACAGUAAAAAAUCUAAGCAUCUUAUCUUUAAUGCAUUAAAUCACAGGAACCUCACAGAAGAUUGUGACGAUAACAUUGGACUAUACGGUCACAGAAAAUGUUGAUUGGAACAACCAGACAAGUAAAAAAUACACAGAGCUUAAAACUGCAACAGAGCAACUAGUGAGUUCAAAAAUAGACUGUAUCAUACAUCAUCAACAUCCAGAUCAAACACCUUUUAUAUUAGUAUCGCUAACCUCAGAGCAAACAUUUUAAGACCAUUCCAUUAUUUUUGUUUUACCAUUUCAGCUUUACAAUGUUUUAACAAGAGUCAUGAAAGAUUUGGUUUCGGUUACUGUUACAAAAAUGUGGUAAGUUAGAUUUUAAGGUCGUAAUUGCUUAUUUAGCUCAUAAAAUUUGCCUUUUUAAAUCUAAAAAAUUAGUUACUGGUGCAUAAUUAUGCAAAGGGUUGUUUUAAUAUUCCUUGGGAUACCAUUUAAACUAAUUAAAGUGCAAAUUAAAAUGCCUCAAAUUCUCUGACCAUAUUUAUUUAUUUUUAUAUUAUAAUUUUUAUUUUUUUAAUCUGAAUAUUUUAAAGCUUUGAUUUAUAAAAAUAAUAUUUUACUUUGGGAUAGAUGCCAACCUGUGGGAUCCAAAAAUUGUCAAAAAAAUUGUUUAAAAACUACCCCAAAAAAAUUUCAAAUUUUACAACAGCAUCAAGAACUAUAGAGUAAAAAAUGAAAACUCAAAAAAGUAUAAUUUAUAAUUUUUAAAUAAUUUUUUCUCUUUGACUGAAUAAAUAGAAAAUUAAUUAUAUUCCCUCGCUGCAUGCACAUUUUUACAAUAUUAACAUCAUUCUUAAAUGGAAAGAAAAUGAAAAUAGCUUGUUUUUCAGUCUGAUUUUCAUCAAUUAUUUAGUUUUUUUACACCAGUCAAGAGCAGUUUGUAAAAAAUGUACUCGGAGUAUAUCAAUUUAAGUGUAAUUAGACAUAAUCAUUGGGUUAAUUAUGCUAGCUGUAGUAAUACAGAUUCCUAUAUUUAAAUUAACAAAGUAAUAUAUGGUCAACUCUGUCUUGACGUUGUUACUGAGUUCAUUUUACAGUGAACAUUUCACCUCAUUCUUCACUGAAUUGGAGGAAAAUGUCGCGAGGACAGACAUUUUUUUGUGUUAACUCUAAGCUCUAUGUGGGUAUAAUAUGAAUUUUCCUACUGGAGUAAAAGAAUAAGUACAAAAAUAUAAUAUAAUAUUAAUAUAGGCUACAACUGUGGCUGAUUUUGGCUCUUAUUGAUGUGUAAGUUAAAUAAGAAAGAAGAUCACACCCGAUUUUACUUUUAGAAAAAGUAACAUUAAGUUAAGCUAUGCCAUAGGAAUAAUCUAAUGCUAGUCGUUGGUAGUAAUAUUAAAUAAAUUUUAUUAUUUAAUAAAAAUUAAAUGAGCACUUCAUUAACACUUAAGUUCAUGUAAUGAAUUAUACAAAGGGGUUCGUAAUUGUUUUUUUUUUACUCAUAGUAGUCAUUACCCUACUAUACUUUCUUAGUUUUAAUGACUAAUGACUAAACCAUAUUCAGUUUCUAAAGAUGGCCAAUGAGAUUUAAGCUUCCUUUUAUCCAACUUUGAAUUUAUUGCAUUUCCAGUUUAAAUGUGUGUCUUGGUGUUUUGGGCAAUAAUAUUUCUUUUCUAAAUGCAGUGAAAAAUUGUACAAAAGCCUGUAUGGCCAUACACAUCUGCAAAUGUAUAAAAGCCAUACAAAGUAUGGGUACCAUACUGGUUGACAUGUAUGCUUUGGUUCAUCAAAAAAAAAAAUUGUUACAGGUCAGGAAGUCUCCAUGUGGACACUGACCUACUGGUGUCAGGAACCAACUCUGCAAGUUCAAUAGCACAGGGUCUGACGGCGUUAUAUAAAGCUAGAGACCUUGCCUUGCUAGAUCAACAUGUUACUGUGACAAAUGUAACAGUUGGAGGUCAGCCUUGUGAGUAUUUAUAUCACUAUUUAAAGGUACUUGACUCAAUUCUUUUCAUUCUUUUCAUCCAUUUUGUUUAUCCUUUUUAUAAUGAGCCCAAAUGUUUUUAACUUACACAGUGGUUCUAACUUAAUUUCCAGAGUCCUCUUGUCGCUAUUAGAUCUAAGAUUUAAGAUCAAGAAAGUUUCUCCGCUGCUGGAGUUCCAUAAAUCUUUAUUCAGUCAUUUUUAUGGGGUACGACUGUAGGAAAAAACAAUUUUUGGAGAGAAAAAAGCAAAUGAGUUGGUACUUCUUUAAUACCAUUUGUGGUUGUCAUGGUUUGGCUGAGUAAACAUGGGUUGUUUAAUGAAAUCAUGAAUUGAAAGGAAAGAAGUUAUUUAGAUUAAAAGAAUACAUUUUUUUAAAAACAUGAUAUUAUUGGGUCUGUUUUAAUUACCCUACUCGUUUUAUCGGAAAUGAGUUAAGAAACGGCAAACAUGACUUUGGAACCAACCCUCCCCAUUGAAAAAAGGAGGUGGUGUCCUUUGGCAAGCUUCGCUACUUUACACAAAUGUGUAUGUACCCUAAAGGUUUAUGCACGAUAAUUGAAUACAAAUAAUUAAAAACAACUAAUUUUGUAAUCUUCAGUCCAUUUAAAUGGAUCUUUGUGCCAGAGAAGAGAGGAAAUAGAGAAAUGCUUGGAUGGACAGGUCUGUGAAGAGGAGGGUGGCACAUGCAGGUUGGUAGUUGAUGCUCUCCAUUAA